UAGUACAUGGACUGCUCCACGAACGAGUCAUCUUUGUGAGGAGCUUUGGCCGUGGGUUGCAAAGCAUUUACUUCCCCUUGUUAAUAAGGAAAUAGUGUGACGUCCACUGGAGAUUAUUUAGGCCUAUGGAAAUCUUCUCGCCGACUCGCGGCAAAAAGAUUGGGACGGAUGUUCGGUAGAAAAAGUAACGGUCGGCGCUUCCCAAAAAGGAAGCUGGAAGACGAUCUAGAAGCUACAGCAUCAGCAUCAUUGCAACAUGGAGAGUGGAAACGUUGUAUGGAAGGAUUCUCAACAGGCCUUGACAAGACAGACACUGGGCAGCGUAACACAAAGAAACCCUGCACACAACGAACAUCCAAAUGCCAAGGCUUUCUGGAGUCGAGUUUUGACCAUCUCACUGAGCUAGCAUCUGAUGCAUCGGGGCAGGAUAUAAAAGAUGCUGAACUCAUAUCUUGGUCCUCAAGUGAAAGUGACGAUUUUGAAACCAGUAUCAAAUCUGAUGUGCAGGUUAGAAAAUCAAAAACCAGCAACAGUAGCACUCCCAGCAGGUCAAGAGAAGGCAAACCUUCAACAAAAAAGAAAACAUUUCCUAAAGCAGGCAAACUAGAGCUGAGGAGGAUAUCUCCAGAUUUUGAUGUUCAUGAAUUGUAUGAGUCUGAUGGAGACAUCGACACAAUCUCCAGCAGCUCGGAGGAGGAGGAGGAGGGGAUGAAGGAUGGGACUGAGGAGGACAAAAAGCCAUGUGUUAAACUGGCGGAUAUACCCAGACAGACUUCCCCAUUGAAGAAAUCACACAUCUAUCCUGCCAGUGUGGCACUCCCCGACUCUCCAGCGAUCCUGACAUACCAGUCCAGCCAGGCCUCCAGCUCCACCUCCCCCACCACCACCUCGGGGCUGAAGGCCAGUGACUGGGUGAAGGCCAUGGACUGGCAGACUCCGGUCAAGGCCAGCAGCAGCCAGGAGGAUGAGGAACACCAGCCAGACCCAGACUCUGCCAAGAAGAAGAAAAAAUAUCACAAAGGUGGCCUGGCAGAGCAGCUGGCACGGGUCCAGGCGAGGGAGAGGUCAGCAGUCAGGAUGUGGGAACAUCAACAUGCUGACCACACAGAUCCAUCCAAAGCUCUCCUGGUGCGGGUUUUGAGCUUUGAAGUUCUCUUCUCCCUGCAACUUGCUCGUUGUGAAGUGGCUGAUAUUGUUGAUGAGGGAGGUGAAAGUAGCAGCCCAGAUGGUAAUGACAAUAGAUGGAAGAGCCAGUUGAUCCUGUUCUCCAAGCAGAUGAUGGAUAAGCUGCAGAUAGAUGCUGGGUCAAUGGUCACAAUACACCCUCCAUGGCAACAACUACAGUUAGCCAGUCAGAACCAGACAGUCCUUCUGUGCACUCAUUACACAAGAGUUGUCUCCCCUGCUGGUCAACAAAAAUGGCAGGGAAAGCCCUCAAAUCUGAUUAAAACAGAUGUGAUAGCUACAUGGGAUUGCCCAUGCACCAAUGAUGCCAGUGUGUCUCCUGCUAGUUGCCCUGUGAAGCAGUUCCCAUACCUGCCUUCAUCACUACAGGCCACUGAUGUGAGCGGCACACAGAACACAGGUCAUCCUGUUAGCCAGCCUGGUUUCCUCCAGACGGUGACGAGGUCCCGGUUGCCGGUUGUCCCGGUGUGUGACUCUCUGUUAGAGAGCAUUCAGAGGACGGGGCCUGGCCACAGCCUCACCUUCCGUGCUGUCAUACAGAGGGUGUUUUUCACAUCAACAGCCAGAUGUUCCUUGUUAGUGGAGGACAGUCAUGGCACAAUGGCCGUCGUACAGAUGGGAGACAACUCUGGUCAGGAUGAGGUGACUCAAGCCGAGGGUCAUGCAUGUAGUUUCACAGGGCUCAGGGUUCUUACCAGAUCCAACAAAGAGAGGAAUGCGGCACUGUUCAGUGUGCUGGAAGGUGCGUGGUCAGGUCACAGGACCACUGUCUCUAGCCAGGAAAGUCAUGAGGAAGAACAGACAAGCAGCACUACGAGACACGUGACUAGCCCUGGGUUCUGCUACAUCCUGUCCCUGUCCGAGGAAUCCCCGCUCUCCAUCACUGUGUCCCCACAGCUGGCACCCAGCUACACAGAACCACACUACCACACACUGGCUGGAGCGUGUCAGAUGGCCAUGGACAAGAGAGUGUCAUUCGUUGCCAGAGUAAUUCACAGGAGACAGUUACAGGACACGUCCAAACCAGACAUAAAUGAAAGCUGGUAUGUGACAGACAGCAGUCUACCAUCAUCAUACGCUGUGCUCACAUUGUCACCGGACUGUCACAUCCCAGCAUUAGCAGGGUGUUCAGCUGUCUUCACAGAUACCUGUGUGUCCAGUGGUUGUUUUCACUGUGAUGCUUACACUCGGAUAGUGGAAGAAGUGCCUGUCCAGAUUGAAGACAGCUCGGUCAGAGAAACACUCAGCAGGCUGGACUCGCUAUCAGUGUCCCUCCCAGAAAUAACAGCCAGAGUUAGGCCAUGGAGCCUUGUGUCUGUACAAGGUACAGUAGGCAGUGUGGAUGAGGAUGCAGCCUACAGCUGGGAGGAAUGUGAUGGGUGUGGCAGUGACCGGCUUGUGGAGGACCGAGAGAGACCAGGAGCAUCUAAAUGUGUGAGCUGUCACAGACAAGUUACCUCCCCUGUCACAAGAAUGAAGUUGGAGGUGUACUUGCAUUCCAACAAUUUCAAGGGAUCUGUCAUCAGAGUAGAUCUCCAGCAGGCCACCAUAGAGAAGCUGCUGCCAUCAGAGGGACACACAGAUGAGGGCUGUGAUAUUGACAGUAUAUUGAACAAGGAAGUGGGACCACUGCACUGCAUUGUCAAGUCCAUCACAAGUGAAACUGACAACACAGAAAUAUUCCUGCAACAGAUCACAUGACCGGAGCGUUUGAACAAUGAGAUUUAAACAAUACCAUAACCAUUUGGCGUCCGACAAGCUUCUUCACCCUGGGAACUGGAUUGUGGUCCAGGGAUUUGUGUAUUGACAUAAGUGAGUGUACAUUAAGUACAACAAACUGUAUGAACUGAAGUUGUCAUUUUCCAGAGGCAAGAGUGUCCACUAGCCUAGCAGUAGAUAGUUAGAUUAAUGGCUUAUUCAAGUUUUUGUGACAAAUGUUUGUCAUCGAAAUGGAAAUGCUCUUUGUGCUGGAUUUUCAAAUUUCCAAGAAUUGUUGUUGAAGAUUUUCAAGGUGUAUAAAACAGAAAGUGAUUGCAUUGAUUCACCUGAUCUACACAGCUGAGUCAUAAGAACAAGACAUGUGAUUUCUCUAUCUGUGACGUUCAUUGAAAAGUGCAUGGAUGUAACAACAAAGUACACAGCCUGUUCAGAUGAGAGUUUCAGUACAUACCCGGUACACAGAUCGCAUUUACUCUAAUUAGCCAUGUAAGUUUUGAGAACUGAUCUGGUAGUCCAAGUAUUGUUAUCUGUUUUGGUAUGUUACUGUGUUACCUCAGGGGUUAAGCAUACUGCAUAAUAUAAGAAAGCUACGCUAUAAAUUGAAGAAUGAAGCAUGGUAUAUUUCAUGAUAAAACAUUGUUCUAUCAUUACGUCAUUUCUGGAGAUUGGAACAACACUCGCAACUUUAUGACGUUGUAAAUAGGACAAUAUUUUUUAGAUGGAAGUGUCUAUUGACACCCAUAGUGAUGAUUGCACCCAAAGAUGGAGUUGUCCAACAUUGCCAAGGUCAGAUUGUAUUCGGUGAGUCAUCAUUUUUUAAAUACGGGUAAAUGUUUUUAAAGCUUGUACAAUUUAUUGACAUCCUUAAAAAGGCUCUACAAAAUGUUGAUGUCUCAUAUAAGAAAUAAACGACUCGUGGUCGUUGUUUAUUGCACCAUAAAACACUGCAGGAAGAAAAAAGCACACGGGCUGCGCCCUUCAUGGUUUAUUCUCCCUGCAGUGUUUUAUGGUAUAAGUAAUGACCAUGAGUCAUUUAUUGCUUAUAUAAUGACACACAUACACUUUCUUAGAAUGUUUGGCUAGAAGAUGAUCUCCUUGCAUUGAGUACUUCCCAACUGACAGAGCUCUUGUUUUGAUUCUGAAGGUCAGUUUGAAAUACAAAAAGCAAUCUAAAGCUUGUCAAAUCUGGAGAAUGUAAUCAUGUACAAGCAAAGAGGACUAUUUGCUUCUACAUGUAUAUACAGAAAUAUGGCAAAAUGUUUAUCUUAUGUCUUCAAUACUGGCUAUCCUCAUGUUGUUAAAGCUAUCCCUUCAGUAAAAAGAGGUGUUUUAAUAUUGAACUUUCAUAUGCCAAUAUCCGACAGCUAAUAUUUAUUUGUUGGAAUUGUUGGUUAUUUCAUCAUAUAAGAUAUAAGACUUCUUAUUACAAGGCUACCUUGCCACAUUACCAAAGCUUACCAGGAACUCGUUAGACAAUCAUAACCACUUUCUUCUAUUUUUGCAAUCCCUGCUUCAAUUGUUUUUUUUAGUAUAUGUAUUCAUACAUAUUGUAUAUGUAUAACUGGCUUCAGUCUUCCCUGUGUCUACAGAUCUGGUUCAUAAUUUGUUAUUCCAUAAUGCCAUGGCCGCAGUGGUCUGUUUGAGAUAGUUUUCUGAAAGGUCUAUGGGACUUGUGGUUAAUAUAAAUAUGGCCUUAUAGGUAACUGAAUCGAAAGUAUGUACAUUUUUAAUUUUGUCAACAAUUGCUUAUAACAUGUCACGAUUGGUCUUGUAGUUCUUAAAAUUCUCAACAGUU